AUGGUCACACUUUUGUACCCUGAGAUGGUUGUGGCAAUAUUAUCAUUUCUAUGCUUCCUUUUUCUUUGCCAAUGGAGAUGGAACAAAACCUCACCCAUCACAAACUGGCCUAUCUUGGGAAUGUUCCCAGACCUUUUUUUCAACGUGUCACAUGUGCAUGACUACGCAACGAGCCUUCUAAAACAUUAUGGGGGCACUUUCGAGUUUAAGGGCCCUUGGUUAGCUCGCAUGGACGCUAUACUCACCAGUGACCCCAUGAACAUUCAACACAUUUUGAGCAAAAACUUUUCUAACUAUGACAAAGGGCCAACUUUCCGAGAGAUUUUUGAGCCUAUGGGGGAUGGUAUUUUUAGUACUGAUUCUGAAACGUGGAGAUAUCAGAGGAAGUUGAUUCAGUCAUUGAUAAAGCACAGCAAGUUUAUGUUGUUCUUAGAGAAAGUUGUCAAGGGAAAGGUGGAAAAGGGCCUCAUCCCUGUUCUUGAUCACGUCUCAAGUCUGGGAAUUGAGGUGGAUUUACAAGACGUUUUUCAACGGUUCACCUUCGAUAAUGUUUGCUUAAUGGUUUUGGGUUUCGAUUCAAAUUGCCUCACCAUUGAAUUCCCAGAAGUUGCACACGCAAAAGCGUUUGAUCAAAUGGAGGAAAGUCUCUUGUACCGACACAUUCUGCCAAGAAAAUGUUGGAAGUUUCAGAGAUGGGUUCAAAUCGGAAGAGAGAAGAAGCUUAGUAGUGCUUGGAAGACUUUUGAUCAAUUUGUAUACGGAUGCAUCUCAUCCAAGCGAGAAAAACUUAGCCGAGGGAGAGCCCUGAAGAUGGAGGAAGCAGAAUUUGACUUAUUGACAGCCAUAGAGCAACAAGAAAGAGAAAUGAAUGGUAUUGCAUCAUCCAACAAGUUUCUAAGGGACACUGCAUUUAAUCUCAUUGCGGCAGGGAGAGACACCAUCAGUGCAGGACUCACUUGGAUUUUAUGGCUUGUUGCAACACACCCAUCCGUGGAAGCUAAAAUUCUAGAAGAGAUUAAAGCCCAUUUGUUGGACGAGGUGUGGAGGGUUUUAGGCAUAGAUGAGCUAAGUAAGCUAGUUUAUCUCCACGGAGCCAUAUGUGAGUCCUUGCGCCUUUUUCCGCCCAUACCUUUCGAUCAUAAAUGUGCAGUUCAAGCUGACAUUCUUCCCAGUGGCCACCAUAUCCGUUCAAAUAUGAGAUUGAUAUACUCUUUAUACUCAAUGGGGAGGAUGGAGAGCAUAUGGGGUGAAGAUUGCCUGGAGUUCAAGCCAGAGAGAUGGAUUUCGGAGCAAGGAGGAAUAGUGCAUGUACCCUCUUUCAAGUUCAUAGCAUUUAACGCAGGAGCAAGGACUUGUUUAGGUAAGGAUAUAAGUUUCACGCAAAUGAAAAUGAUUACAACCGCUAUCAUUUGGAAUUACCAUAUUCAUGUGGUUGAAGGUCAUCCUAUUUCACCACGUAUCUCUGUUGUACUACAUAUGAAACAUGGUUUGAAGGUGAGGCUGAGCAAGAGAAAUGUUUGAUGAAGAAAUUUCUGUGAGUAGUUGUCUCCAAAUAAAUAUAAAUUGUGAGCUGCAUAAAUUCCUUGAAACAUAAUGAAAAAAUGAUGGUUAGACCACUGUGAUGAACUUUGUGGAAUUAUUGGAUUUACUCAUCAAUCAUACCUAUUAAAACAACCCACACAUUGUUGGGGAAUUUCAGGGGAAAUUCAAUGGAAAACAUAAACUUGAAGUAGGCUUAGAGGUACGAAUAAAUUCAGUCUUUAAGAUGAUAUGA